AUGAUGUUAAAAUUUUUCAUUAAAUCAUUCAUUUCUAUAUUCAUUCUGUGCUCAACAUGUUUGGCUGAUGAUACGGGUGUCGUUGUCAAAACAUUUGAAUCUAACGAAUUGCAAGGAGAAGUAUUCAUAGUGCCGGGUGAACCUCCGUUUCCUCGUUACAAUCCCUUGCCAUCUCGUGAUGGAAACUGCUCAUUGGAUCGUCUUCGUAAAAUUAUGCAUAAGAGCAUGACUGAUAAUGUUCGAGAGACAAAGCAGAACAUUCAUACCAACAUGGGGAACAUGGAUGGAGGUUCAUGGGCUAUCAUCUGCGCUGAAUGCAAUUUCAGUUAUAUGGCUCAUGCUCAGGAAUAUUGCAUUCAUUCACGAUAUAACAUCACUUGCUUAGUUUUUCGUCAGGACUGA